AUGGCGAGAUCCAAAGUCUUAGGGUUUGUGUUCACUGUACUGCUCAUUCUUGACUUGGCAGUCGUUGCUACGUCCAGGAGAGGAAAAUCAUCACGUGGCCGUUCAGGUUGUAAAAACGGCGGAUUUAGUGGAGGAAGAGGCAGUGGCAGUAAUGGUGGCGGUGGUGGAGGCGGCGGCGGAGGCGGAGGCGGAGGCGGAGGAUUCGACGGGUCUGGAUUCAGGGUUGAGAGCGCAGAUGGAAGCGGUGAUGAAUCUGAUGGGAUCAUUGGCAAUGGGCUCAUUUACAUUUUGUGGGCCUUGGAAACUGGGCCAAACUUGGCGAUGAUGGGCCAAGCAUUUGCUUUCUGGGCCGACUGA